AUGAAAGACGUCAUGCUCCGUCAGGUUAGAAUCCUGAUGUACAAAUCGCCCACAAAUGAAGAAAAUGAUAAAGAUCCUAACGGCACUACACAAUGAAUUAGAAAUGGUUCGUUUUGUAUUGUUAGAUCUGAAAUUAGAACGAUUUUCAGGCCUUCUUUGUGUCUCAAUUUAUUCGAUCGAAAUAUCGAUAUCUGCUCCAAAACUACAUUUGUCUAGCCAAUCAAAUAGCUUCUUUUUCCACCAAUCACUUUGAAGCCCGCCAAUUUGCAAAUAUAUUCAGCGUGAGGGUCACUGAAUAACAAAUCGUAUGUUUUGGCAAACGGCGCAUAUAAAGCAGACUGCGUUUAAAUAAACCGGUGGGAAAGCACCACGUUAACAGCUCGCCACAAAGGCAGCUCGUAAGAGCGCUCCUGCAACAGAUGGAGUCAAGAAACUUGGUAACAGUCGCUCUUCAAGAGAUCCGCCGUUACCAGAAAUCCACCGGGCUGUCGAUCCGCGAGUUGCCCUUCCAGUGAUCUGUGGGAGAAAUCGCUUGAGAUUUCAAGACAUCUGCGUUCCAGAGCUCAGCUGUUGUGGCGUUUCGGGAAGC